UGGCCGCCGCCCCGUCAGCUGGUGCUAUUUGCUGCUGUCGCUUUUGGCGCUCGGCCAUCCAGAAACAAACCAGUUCGAUGACUACUAAUAGUUAUAGCCAGAUGUACUAAUACACAACAAAUCACAGUCCUAGAGAGGGGAGAGCAAAUGAGUUCCUAUUUUGUGAAUCCCACUUUCCCUGGGAGCCUGCCUAAUGGGCAGGACUCCUUCCUCGGGCAGAUCCCCCUUUAUCCAGCUGGAUAUGAUGCUCUGAGGCAUUUCCCAGCUUCUUAUGGGGCAUCGAGCCUCCAGGACAAGACAUACACCUCACCUUGCUUUUACCAACAGUCCAACACGGUCAUUGCCUGCAAUCGGGCAUCCUAUGAGUACGGAGCCUCCUGUUUCUAUUCGGAGAAGGACCUAAGUAACGCCUCUCCCUCCGGCAGUGGCAAGCAGAGAGGCCACGGGGAUUACCUGCACUUUUCUCCAGAACAACAAUACAAAUCCGACAGCAGCGUGCAGAGCAAAAUUUUAAAUGACGAAGGCACCGACCGGAAGUACACGAGUCCUGUUUAUCCCUGGAUGCAGCGGAUGAACUCCUGUGCUGGUACGGUCUACGGCACCCAUGGCAGAAGGGGAAGGCAAACUUAUACGAGAUAUCAAACCUUAGAAUUAGAAAAGGAAUUUCACUUUAACAGAUACUUGACCAGAAGACGACGGAUUGAAAUCGCCAACGCUCUCUGCCUUACUGAACGACAGAUUAAAAUAUGGUUUCAAAACAGGCGGAUGAAAUGGAAAAAGGAAAACAAACUCAUAAAUUCCACACAGCCCAGCAGCGAAGAAACAGAGGAAAAGGCAGGGGAGUAGAAUAACGCCUAAUAAAAGUUCUCAGGCCUUCCCCCUUAAUAGCGGUUUUUUUUUCUUGCGUUCAUUCUGCUACACGUUUUCACAGUCUGUUGAUUUCUAAAGCUUGAGGAGAGGCUGAAUCUUUGCAAUCAACUGUGAAUUUUCUUAAGGGAAAAAUAGAACUGCGUAAUCUAGAGGUUUGUAGUGUACAUAGUCACGUUUCCUAAUUAUAAUGUUGCUGAAAGUCUUUCGGCAACGCCUCCCCUCCCCCCAGAUUUUAAAGUAUUUUGAUUUGGACAUCUCUGUCCGUUCGUAUGUUUGGGUUCUGAUGGCUGUAGUGCGGUAAAAGCAGCUGGGUGCAAAAAAUUUGUAUCUAGUCCCCUGGCACGUAGUGAAAUACGAGGGAUUUGGAGAAAAAAAAAUCGGGGUUUCGACCCUUGCUGAAUUCCUCUUAGGGUCGGGCAGUCGCCUCUGCUCAUUGGGAGCUGGACGUCUCGUGGGCGCUACACACACUCACACACGCAAGUUUUCCUCCAGAAAACGUCAAAAAUCCGCCUAACAGAGGAAAAGAAGGGGAGUUGGGGAUUCCAUCUCUUACUCUCCCCCAAAAAAAACCAUUUCCAGGAAUCUUC